AUGGAUGGCCAAGAUCAGCCCUCAAGAACACCUUGCGACUGCCAGCCGCACGAGUCCGAUGUCUACGACGUGGUCAUCGUCGGCGCCGGGCCUUGCGGCCUCGCUGUCGCCGCGCGGCUGCACGAGAGUACCCCGGCCGCCAUCUUCACUGACGAGGAACACAGGCGGUUCCACUGGAUACAGCGACACGGCCGGAAGAUGACGCUCAAGAACUGCAAGAACGGCCGAGUGUCGCUCGCCGCGACACGGUACCAGAGACCUGAGUACAAGAUGGCGGUCCUCGAUGCCAACCACAACGAGUGGAUGGGCCGCUGGAACCGCCUGUUCACGGCCUACCAGAUCCCCCACCUGCGCAGCCAUAUGUUGUGGCAUGUCGACCCGCACGACCGUGACAGCUUGCUGGCCCAGGCAGUUCGGCAGGGUCGCGAGGCCGAGUUGACCGAGUUGAAGGGCUGUGUAGGCAAGGAGAUUAGCAAGCACGCAAAGAAGAAGAAGGCCCGCUACAUUGGCUCCAAACAGGAAGCCCAUGUCGACAUCAACGAGCGUGACCGCAAAGACUACUUCAAUCCCUCCCAAGCACUCUUUUGUGAUCACUCCAACGACGUGGUCGACAGAUACAACCUCCGGGACGGACUGAUCUUUAAGGAGUGUCUGCGUGACAUCGAUUACGGCGUUGUCAAUGGCAUCUCAGAGGAAGGGGAUAGUCUCUUCACCGUCACAACAGACAAGGGCCGCCUCCACGCCCGAGCCGUUGUCCUUGCCGUCGGCCCGGCAAACGAUGCCCAGAUCCCCCACGUGCCGGGCAUGACAAGAGUCUCUACCAAAACGACCGACGGACAACAGCGGUGCGCAUUUCCGCAGGCGUGCCACAGCAUGCACAUCAGCACCUUCCCCGACGCUGUCGUCAGGGAGCGCAUGGCGGCAGGCCAACAGACCAACAUACUGGUCGUCGGCGGCGGCCUCACCUCGGCGCAGCUCGCCGACCUCGCCAUCCGGCGCGGCGUCUCGCGAGUGUGGCACAUCAUGCGGGGGCCACUGCGCGUGAAGCACUUCGACGUCGACCUCGCGUGGAUGGGCAAGUUCCGCAACACGGAGCAGGCGCGGUUCUGGCUGGCCGACUCGGACGAGGAGCGGCUGGCCAUGUUGAGAGAGGCCCGCGGGGGCGGGAGCAUCACGCCGCUGUUCUACAAGCGGGUCAAGCAGCACGUCGCUUCGGGCCGGCUGGUGCUCCGCGAGAAGACGGUGUUGGCGGAGGCGAGGUUUGACGCCAAGGCAAGGCAGGGCUCCAAGGGAGGGGGCGCGUGGGUGGUAAAGGCGGAGCCGCCACUUGAGGGGCUGCCGGCUAUGGACUAUAUCUACUUCGCCACGGGGAUCCAGACCGACUUCAAGGCCCUGGGAUAUCUUCAGACGAUGAUGGAGCGUCACCCCAUUGAGGGAUUUGGUGGGUUCCCUUGCCUAAAUGACGAUCUGAUGUGGAACGAUGGGGUGCCUCUGUUCUUCGCUGGCAGGCUAGCGGCCCUGCGGCUUGGGCCUGCUGCACCGAAUCUUGGCGGCGCUCGCCUCGGGGCGGAGCGAAUUGCUUGGGCUCUUGAGAAUACCAUUGCCAAGUCAAGAGGAGUAGACGAAAAUCUGAGCUUACACGGCGAGGAUGGGGAUAAAGUGAUUGGGUAUUGUGCUGGGAGAGGCAGUAAAUAUAGCAGUCUAUCAGAGGAAUGA